AUGAACUUCGAGGUUUAUGCAACAGGUAGCUUCAACAAAGUGGAAGGGUGUCUGCUGAUUCAGCGAUACGAGGUUGAAUUGGAGUGUGGGAAGUGCGGGAAGAAGAAGAACGGGCUGCGAGUGGACAACCACAGGAAGGUGUCGCACAAGAUAAGCAGCAAGAAGUCAGCGAGCUACAACGUGACGAUGAGUUGCGAAUGUGGGACUGAAAUCAACCUGAAAAUAACUGAACCAGAGGAUUUCAUUGUGGUUGAGGACGUGAAUGGGGAGAAUCCGCUUUCAGUGCAUCCUGUCAAAAAGGGCAGGUGCCAUUUGAGCAACCUGUGGUCUGAUGGUGGAGUUGUGACUGGAAUAAACAACGUACAACUUACGUUGGCUUCAACCACAAAGGAGCGAUACUACAACGUGGACAUUUCCAAGCGAGUUGUGGCAGAACAGGGCGAAGUCAUUCCUUCCUUUAUCGAGGACUUCAUGCUCGAAAUCAAACAGGUCAACUGA